AGGUCUACUCUUUUUGUCACCACGUGGACAAGCCAGUGUACGCUUGUCUCGCUCGCGCGACUCACAUACGCCGUUCAUCUCCUUAUAUAGCAAAUUGGAACAUCGUCUGAGAGAAAUCUCUUUAUCAUGAGCAAGAUUACCCAGGAAGCUUACGACGAGGAGAUCAGGGAAUUGAUGGAGGGUCUCGGUAUGACCGAAGAGGAGGCGGUCGAGGACGCUAUGAAGUGCUUUGAGAUGAAGGGCCUGAUCAUAUAUUGCUGCUGCGAUAUAAUUAACAUGGAGCGUUUAUUUCGCGCAGGGGAUAGAUUUGAGCAACAUUAUCACAGAUUUAGUUCUUGAAGACAAAUACAAACAGAUAGUAAUAUGUCUGGAGCAAUUAACGCGCGCUAUGAACGACAAAAGUUACGAACGUGUGCCCGAGACGUUGCAAGAAUUGCGAACUGAAUUGGAUAAGGACAUUCGAUAUAGAGUGUUUGCGGGUAAACGCAAAUGUUACAAGAUCUUGAUCGAUCUCCUGAAGGAUUGCGAGAAGAAUCACGUGAUAUUUAAAUCCGCGCUGGAAACGAUUGCCUCAUUAAUGUCGGGUUAUCCGGAUUUGUUGGAUGACGACGGGAUUGCAUUGCAGGCAGAAAUUUUAGAGAGGCAUUACGAUACAGCGACAUUGCAGUGUCUGCUGCAUUGGAUACGAGAAUGCUGCAUAAAGCACGAGCUGAACAGACAAAAGAUCUUUGACACUAAUAUCUUCGAAAAACUCAAGAAAAUAUUGGUGCGUGAGGAUGUAGGCGCGCACGAGAUCAAGGACGCAUGUUCGGUGAUCAGAGCAUUGGUCUUGGACGAUGAUAUCAGGCACGAGUAUGGAAAGGCUCACGAGCAUGCAACUAUCAUGGCGAAAGGCGCUCUCGAUGUUCUGACAGAGCUGUUGACAAGAUUUAAGAGGGACAUGAAGGUCGUAGGUGAUUUGAUGAUCACCUUGGCCGCAUUAAUCGUCCGAAAUGAAUUCUGCCAAGAAGUAGAGGAUGCUGGGGGUUUGAAAUUUAUUCUGGAUAUAAUGACCGAGUAUCCAGACUCCGAAAAAUUAAAUUGGCAGGCUUUAAAGUUGCUCAAAGCGCUCGCUGGCAAUGACAAUGUAAAAUCUCACAUUGUGACUUCCGGAUGCGCGCCUUUAAUCGUAUCCGCUAUCAGUCGUAUGAAGAGAUCGGAGAAUAUCGUGACUGCCGGAUUAAGUUGCAUAUCCGCAUUAUCUUUACGAAGCACUUCAAAUUCUGGUGUGUUUUACGAUUGCGGCGCAGCCCAAGUGAUCGUAGAUGCUAUGAAGGCUUAUCCUAAUAAUGUAAACGUCCUAAAACAAGCCUCUUGGGCGAUUAGGAACAUGUCAGUGCGAAACAAAUCCGAGUCCAAGGAGUUUUUAGCAUAUGGCGUUGAAGACGUGUUGCGGGAUGCGUUACGUUUGCACGGUCCCAAGUUGGAGGACAACAUCAAAGCCGCAUUGAGAGACCUAGAACUGAAGGUAGAUCUAAAAGAAAGAUGGACAGGAAAAGGUGUCAGCAUGAGUAACGAGCGUUAUUAAUAAUUAUUGUCAACAUAAAAUAUUAUCGGUAAAAUUUAAUAUUAAAACUAUAUUUACUGUACAAGUACAUCAUUGGAAAUUUGAUAAUUGGAAUUUUGUACUUUGCUUUAUCUCACCUCGCAAUGCUAUGUAAUAUUUGAUAAUAGUCUUAAUUAACGUAAUAAGUAAGAUAUUUUUGUGCUCAAAAAAUAAAAAUUUUGUAAAAUAGUCACGAUUUUCUAGGCAAUAUUUCAUAAAAGUCAGCAUCUUAAUUUAUAUAUAUAUUGUUUUUGUUAAUUAGAAUUAUAUUUUUUAUUGGGACAUUUCCAGAGCGAAAUUAAAUUGUAACAAUAUCUAAUGUCAUUCGUUCUUCGUGACAAAUUGUCAUUCAUUAUACAGAAUAUUUAGCGAUUUCAUGUAUAGUGCCUGAAAUUUAUAUAAUAUACUUCUCUAAUACACUGCCAGAAUUUAUAUUAUAUAUUUUUAUUUAACUAAUUGUGUUAUCUGUACUUUAGUCGUUUUUACUCAAUUUUACUAUUAAUAUGUAUAGAUAACUCUAUGAGACUAGAUCUUAAACAGUAAAUUAUUUCCAUAUAAAUAUAGCUUUAUCAUAGUCAUUAAAGAUAAAUGACUAAAUUUUUUCCUCAAUUUAUAUUAUAAUUAUAAUUUUGAGAUAGGCAGACAGGACAUUUUGCUAAUUAAAGUUAGUAAUCAAGGUUGCUGGUACAAUCAUGUACCUAAGUAAUGUGAACAUGAACAUUGCCAAACUGAAAAAAGACAUAAAUUAAUACGAAUAAAAUAUAAUGGUAUAUAUAUAUCGCGAUUGUUUUUUUUAUAAAUUAUUUUAUAUAAAUGUAGUGAAAAAAUUUACAUAUCUGUAACGUAUUGCUAUGAGAAUAAAAAUUCAUUUUUAAUUA